UGAUGAUUUUCUCGUGAAACCUGUUGUGUCAUAAAGCAGUGACCGAGAUCGGUCGCCAAAGGGUCACAGUCACGCGCUUUCAUUCCCAUCGCACUUUCUCCUGAAUGGGACAACGUCAGAGCGCCGGUGUAGAAGCGAGCCAGAGAUCUUCGGGAUCUGGCCGCAGAUGCGCACUGUGGCUGCAGGAGGACGCAGCGAGAACGCUGAGUGACAUUUGAAUCCGGUGGAAAUGGGGUCUGGAUGCUCUUUGGAGGGACUUUACACUGGGAAGUUCGGAUGGAAGCGGCGGGACGUUUGUUUUUAGAUGUGGUAUCAAGCUGCUGACCGCACACUUUAUCUGGCUACUGAUGUGUUCUGUAAGCAGACAGAGGAUUCCUGCGAUUACAUUGGGUUUGGGGCUAAAACAGAACAAGCAGAAGAGAAUCAGUGACUACACCACUGCACUGAGGAAUUAAGGUACAACUACCUCUCCAUCAGUGCAGCUCAGAUGAUGUCAAAUCUAUUUCACAGGGUCAGAGGGCAAAUGUCUGUCCCAGAGAGCAUUUGCCUGAAAUGUCUCAUCUUUCGUCAUUUAUCAGACGAUAAAUUGAUGGAGACUUUUCGCAGUAAUGGAGAACAGGAGCCUCAUAGAAACUAGUGGAUAAAAUGUAGCAAGACUCUUCAGUAUGACAUAAGCAAAGAACCCCCUCCUCCCCAAGCACACACUCACUUUCAGGGAUGGAUCCCAUGAACUUUACAACUGUCAUCGACAAUGGGUUUUUGGAUGAGGCGCCAUCAAGUCGUGUCCUAACUGGCUGUUUUCUCUCGCUGCUCAUCCUCACCACCUUGCUGGGAAACACUCUGGUUUGCGCGGCCGUCACCAAGUUUCGCCAUCUGCGUUCUAAAGUGACCAACUUUUUUGUGAUCUCGCUGGCCGUGUCCGACCUAUUGGUUGCCAUCUUGGUGAUGCCCUGGAAAGCAGUGACGGAGAUCGCCGGAUUCUGGCCGUUUGGCUCUUUCUGCGAUACCUGGGUAGCUUUUGACAUUAUGUGCUCCACGGCCUCAAUUUUGAACCUUUGCGUCAUAAGCCUGGACCGCUAUUGGGCCAUCUCCAGUCCUUUCCGCUAUGAGAGGAAGAUGACACCCACAGUGGCCUAUAUUAUGAUCAGUGUGGCCUGGACGCUGUCUGUCCUCAUUUCCUUCAUUCCAGUGCAGCUCAACUGGCAUAAAGCCCAAACCAAAUCUUACACUGCUCUUACUGGGUCCUCUGUUUCACUGGCAUCAAACACUACAUCUUACCCAGAGAACUGUGACUCAAGCCUGAAUAGGACCUACGCCAUCUCCACCUCUCUUAUAAGCUUUUACAUCCCUGUGGUCAUCAUGGUGGCCACCUACACACAGAUUUACCGCAUUGCCCACAGACAAAUCAGGAGGAUCUCUGCUCUAGAGCGGGCAGCCGAAAGUGCCAAAAACAGACACGACAGCAUGGGCAGAGGCUCCAGCAUCGCAGACUCAGAGAGCUCCUUCAGGUUGACAUUCAAGAGGGAGACAAAGGUGCUGAAGACACUGUCAGUGAUAAUGGGGGUGUUUGUGUGUUGCUGGCUCCCAUUUUUCAUCCUCAACUGCAUGGUGCCCUUCUGCGAGCAGUCGAGCGGAGGGGAGGCCUUCCCCUGCAUCAGCCCCACCACGUUUGAUGUGUUCGUGUGGUUCGGCUGGGCUAAUUCCUCCCUAAACCCCAUCAUCUAUGCCUUCAAUGCGGAUUUCCGGAAGGCCUUCUCCAUCCUGCUGGGAUGCCACAGACUGUAUCCAGGAGGCCACGACAUAGAGACAGCCAGUCUAAACAAGAAAUGACUCACAACUCUCUCACAGCACUGACUCAUCCCUUAAUUCUUAAAACAGUCCAAGAGUUCCUGUUGCAGCCAGUCUGAUUGACUUGAAAUGCAAAGACUGCUUUCGUGCGCUAACUCUUAUUUUGACUGAAGGGUACGACGACCCCACAUGCAUCCAUGUUUGCAUUAGGUGAAUGGUCUGCCUUUGCGAUGUCUACCAUAGCGGGUGUGCUGUGCUCGCCAUUGUCUCUACACUGUCUUCAGAUGGGAGAAGCUCCUGAUAGAGGAGAGAGGAUUUGGGAUUGAGAUUAAAAUCCACCGCUGUUGCACCAGGGAUCUGGGAGAGCAGCGGUGCUGACAAGCUCUUGGGAUAGAUAAUCCCAUGACUGGGCAGCACACACCCUAAUGAUGUCAGACACUGCUCUCUUCUAUAUCAUCAAACACACACACACAAACAAACACUGUCAAAACAUGCUCCCCGAAAUAUCAUGUAGCACCCAGCAUGCACACUACAACAACAAAUUCCAUGACAGCACACAGAAACACUGUUAGUCUUUACACUGACAUUUCAGGACCUGCAAAGACUCCAGCAGUAAAGCAUCAAGCCAAAUUAUGUUGAACAUAUGUACAGGUAAAGUACAUCCACAAGUGACUUAAUAUUACAGCUAGAAUGAAAAGUGAAUAAAUUCAAGUGUAAAAGGAAAUCCCUAAGAAGUGGAGACGUAAAAAUGUGAUCUGAAUCCGUAUAGGACGCAGAGAUGGGGAAAAACAAGCCGACUGCCUCGUUACUGGUUGAAAUGUUAUUUAUAAAUCAUCGACAUUUGAAAUCAUUAUAACUUUAAACCAAAUUUACAAACUUGUGACCUCCGAAAUGACACCAGUCAGCGGCAACAUUAAAACCAUUUGCCUAAUAUUGUGUAACACUUUGGGCCCUGUGGGUUGUGAGGUGGGGCAACGGUGGAUUGCAUCCUGGAGAUGCUCAACUGAAGAUCUGCUAAGUUCGGAGGCCAGGUCAGUGCCUCGGGCUCUUCUUGUGUCGAGUCAUCCAUGAGCAGUUUUUGCAGGGUGGAGGGGUGCCUUGACCUGCUGUAUUCAGGGAAUAAGUUGCCACUGGGUUGUGUUUGUUCUGCCGCUAUGUUCAUGUGGGUGGAAUAUGUCAAAGUAACAUCUAGAUAAGUGUUUGAGCCCAAAGUUUCCCUGCAGAGCAUUCCAUUUUUACCAGAUAAAGAAUGUUAUUCAUUUUACCUGUUUGUGGUUUUAAUGUUGUAUCAAAUUGCCUGAUUUUUCCAGUGCUUGAAAGUGUUUUAUUGGCAGAAGACAGUAUUGUACCUGCUAUGGAUGGGAUUAUUAUGGGAUUAUGGGUUCUUUAUGUGAAAACUGAAAUGGGUUGGUGUAAUGUUGUUUUAUGUUCCUGUGAAAUUGAACAGAAAUACAGUGUCAACUGGUGACACACUUCCUUUGUGCAAUAAAUUGCAUAGUGAAAGCACAUCUAAAUGACAAUUGUGUCAUUUUUUGUGACCGUUAUUUACCAUGGGUCUUGUUCUCACUGAUUUUGUCACAGUUCUUAUUGGUUUGGAUGCAUUACUGAAUUUCUCUGUGAACUCCAACAAGGCAAUGAGCACAAGAUGCCAGACAAUCAGCCAGCCUACAGUUUAGAGCAUUAAAGCUACUGCUUUUCUGAGUUAAACCUAACAAGACGGACAAUGCAAAAAAGCAACUUGUAGCACAAGAAAACCGCAUGGCAGGCAACGGGACUCUCGUACAAAAUAUAAGUUAGAAGGAAACAGAGGAACACCAUAAUUUGUAAGAAUUAAUUAAAAACCACACAACUCUAUUGGGAAAUAAAAGUCCACUUAUCAGCUGUUUUACUUCACUUGAAACAUAAAUGAAUUUUGGUGUAAUAAAGAUGUUUUUUUAAAAACUUAUUACAUCACAUCAUUCAAGUUGCUAGUUUGACAUGAAAUGCAUUAGACCACAGUUUAAAUUAUGCUUUAGACUGAUUUUUACAUUUAUUUACUGCUGUACUUAAACUGCAAAUUUAAUAAUAUGUUUUCUAUAUCAAAUGCAUCUUUUCAUUUCCACUAAAGCCCCCCAAAAUAAAAAAUCAGUAAUCGUCAGAAGAAUUUUGCUCAUCAAAGAUGAAUAAACAAGACAAAUCUUAAUUAUUAUUAUCUUUAUUAUUUUAGUGAGGCCACUAUGUUCCCAUAUAAUGAAGAAAAAAUGGCCCAUGUUUUGGAAAAUUAGCUGUCUGUUCUGGUUUCCUGUCUGGAAAUCUUUCAUCAGUAGCAGAACCCCAGGAAGUAAUGAAAUAGUCCUGCACGUAUUGCAAUGUAAUAUAAACCCUUUUUAUACCGCAAAUCAGAAUUAAUUUUAGAGGUGCUGGUAAAUAUUCUUUUUAGCUUUGGAGAAAGUUAGCAUUUGCCACUGCUUCCAAUCUUUUGCUAAGUGAAUUUUUCUCUUUGUGUAGGCUAAAGCUGACUUAGUUUGCUAAUGAGCUUUAGCUUCUUCUUCUUCUUCUUUUUUUUGAAAAUUACCUGUAGAAGUAUUAGUAAACUUUGAGUUUAGCUUUGAAAAAAAAAAACUUUAAACAAAGCCAGUUAGCAUUUUUACUGCUUCCAAUCACUGUGCUAAUAAUUCUGUUUCUGUAGGCUUUAGCCACCAUUGCAUUCAACAUUACCUUAAUUUUUCAGGCCCAGGGGUUGUCGCUUGGGUGACAGGCACAAAUUCAUCUGACAGACAUGAGUGGUGUUGACCAUCAAAUCUAAAUCUUGGCAGAAUCAAUCAUGACUGAUAGAUGUUGUGGCCAAAACUGUGAAAAUAAGACCCAGCAAAUAUCAGAGACAUAACAAGAUAAAGAACAUCAUCAUUAAGAUCUACUGCUAAUCUGUUAGCCAGAGUGAGAAUUCAUGACAAGCAAAAGCUGUAAGUGUGUUGUGAGUGAAUAUGCAGGUGUUAUAUUGGUUUUACUACUGUAUACAUGUUAUGUUACAUUCAGAAGUGUAUAAAGCCAUCAGAAGAAACAGCUGUGCAAUGUCUGCUUGUGCAUGUGGAAGCAUCAGUGCACAUGUUUAUAAAUGUAUAUUUGUCCAUUUUCAUGAAAUCCACAGGGUGUGUGUGUGUGUGUGUGUGUGUGUGUGUGUGUGUGUGUGUGUGUGUGUGUGUGUGAGAUAAAGAGACAGAGUGUCUGCACAGCCUUGACCUCCACACAUCAAAUUACCUAAAGCCAAUUUCACACCAGCAUCCAAAGAGCAAAACCUAAUGGGAUCAGCUGCGCUUCACAUCUAACAUUUCACUCUCACAUAACCCUGGUGUUCAUGUGUUUGUUCAGUCCGGUGAUGUAUUGCCAUCAUUUGUAAAGUGAAGCGCCUAAUCAGAAGUUGUGAAUAGCCUGGCAUAAUAAAGGAGUGCAACCAUUGUGGCACCUCUUUAUCCCCACUGUUGGCUUUGUUUCUUUAUUUGAUUGCAUUACAACAUUUCCCACUCUAUCAAUUUUUAAACAAUACCAAACGGCUAAACAAAAACUUUGAUUCCGAUGCACCUUUGUCGCCGCCGUGUUUCAGUUCCUUGUUAAAAGAAGAGGAUAAGGAGGAUUGUAGAUUUUAGUUUGCGGUGGUUCCACUGUCUGUUAUGGAUUUACCUGUGACAAGAACCUAAUCCACUCAGAUGCUUCAAUGGGGAGUAUGAGGGAAAUUGAAGUAGUUGAAGUGUGAAAAGACAGCAGAGCAACGACAAGGACGAAAUAAAUUAUAUUUGGCAAGACCCAGUUACACACUCUGUUCCACAUUAGCCUGCUGCGUCGUCUGAAAAGAUAAAUCACACUCAAAGAUGGUUUGACAUGAAGUUCAUGUUCGGUAAUGUUAAUGAAUAUCUCUGUAGAUGCGUCGUAAAAAUCAGAACUUGAUUAAUUUUUCUGUAGAACUGUUGCUUCGUCUUGCAGGUCAAGCAUUUUAAAAUAAUUACGGGGCAAUAAAUCCCUCUCAAUAAGCAGCAAGUCUAAGAAGUGACAUCGUUCAGUUGAAUUAAGUUAAUGCUCAUUAUAAAUAUGUAAAAAACUAUAUACUGUGAGAGAAACUCUUCCUCUCAUGGGCUAACACACAGACACACACGCACGCAGAGCUGUCCUUUAAAGGCCGCUUUCUCUUGGCUCUGGACUGUCCUUGCCUCUAAGAAACCUCCUCAAGCGUGCCACGAGAAGGGAACAGCAAUUAAUUUGAGUGACAUCAUUCAGAGUGAUGGCUGAGGUGGCAACAAGACAGUGUGUUUGUGUGUGUGUGUGUGUGUGUGCGAGGGAAUGUGUCUCUGUGAUGCAGUGCUACAACUGCUAGCUCCAGUGCCCAACCCAGAGUCCUUGCAAUGUCAUGUGCACUCGGCGAACACAGAAAAUUUCUGUUUGCUACCCUUUCUUUCCCUCCUGUGGAACUUGUGAUAUUCUCAGAGCAAUCCUGCCUUUUUGGAUUGGCACUUCAGAAAAUGGAUGUUAGAUGUGGUAACUUUAGAUGAUGCUAAUGACUGGCCUUAGGGAAAUGAUUUACUGAGACAGAGAGCGAGAGAAAAAAGGGACAAGGAGACAGACAGUCUUAUGUAAGAAUCAAGCAAUGGCAACUUAAAAAAAAGAGACACAGCGGAUGCUGUGUAAAUAUCACAUAACCCACCAGAAAGUGUCAUCAGUCUGACUGCCGUCACAUAUAUAAUGAAGGAUCCUGUAGUCACAUACUGUUUGCUUCAAGAAAGAUACACCUGGUGGAUUUUUAAUGUCAUUAAUGAUUCCUCUGUCACCUCCCCUCCUCAGGGGAGGUGAUGGAGAAUUAAAAUGCUAUUAAACAGUUUGCCAUAAUCUGUAUCACUCUCCAUUAAAUAUGUAUUAUUCAAAACUGUCAGAGCUCUUAUAAUUGCACUAGAGCCUAAUGCAUUUUUAAUACCUCGCACAACACCAGGAUAAGCAUAAUUGAGAGCGAAUGUGUUGGUGGCUGCAGCCAAAGUGCAUCAACACAGUUACAUGCUGAAAGUCAUGAAUACACUUUGCAUGUUAAAAAACGCUUUUUAACUUUUUUUUUGUCUGCGUCUGGUCUCGCUGGUGAAAUCACCAAUGUUCUAUGAUGAUUUUCGAUUAGUUUGAGGUGAAAGAGCAUCAGCACAAUCACAACACACACCCAGCCACUCAAAUUCUCUUUGUGUCGGGGUCGAUGGAGGCUCUCUUUGCAAAUGGCACAGCAGAUUCAAAAAGCUUGUCUGAUUUUGGCAAAAGGCUGCUCUUCAAAAAUAGAUACAUAAGCUUAAGCCAAAGGUUGCCCUGCAAAUCUUUUGACCUUUAGUGCCCGUUCUUUGCGGCAAGCCUUUCAUUCAUCUUUCUGAUUUUGCUCUUGCUCACCAUUUCUCUUUCUUAUCACACUCCUCCGCUCUCUUCCUCCACCCUCGCACUGUUUACUGUUCGUGCUACAAACCCGCUGGCAUUACUGCGUUACCAUUCGUCACUCUAACUGGCUCCAGUGGAAAGGACAUGCCCUCUGACCCCACCACUGGGAAAGGACCAAGGGAACGAAGAGAAAGGAAUGCUCACACAGAGAACUUCAAAGAGAUAAGAGAAAAAAUAUUUAUGCGAGGGAGGGGUGCAC